GUAAUAGACGCGGGUAGUCUACAGCGAUGUCUCAGACUCUAUGGCAGCAACCUUACGUGAACGUCUUCAAACAUUGUAAUGUGGGAGAUCAAUGGAAGAGAAGCAGCAAACAUGGCGACGUCACCAACAUCAUGGACAAAUCUAUUAAAUGCACUGUUUGGCGCAUCUCUGGCUCCAUUCCUGCAAACAAUUUCAUUCUCUGCCCACGAACAGGUUCUCAAUCUCUUGGUCUGAAUGGACGUUACUUCUAUCUUCUCUUUAAACCCAUCAGCGGCAAAUACUUUGUGAUCCACAUGGACAUAGCAGCUGAACAGCAACUCAUUGUUCGACUUUCCUUCUCAAAUCUAUUUAGAGAAUUCAAAGCUACAUCAACGUGGCUGCAGUUUCCGUUUGUGUGUGCGAGCCCUCAAGCUCGGUGGACAUUCUUAAUGAUAGAUCUGCAGUCUACAUUGACAAAAUAUGUUCAGAGACAUUUCCUGUAUUUAAAGAGCGUAAAGCUGUGUGCUAAUGUGUUGGUGAAGAAUAUGUUCACAAGUGACAUCCUUUUUGACCCAACACUGCCUCAAAACCCUCGACACAGGCUACAGUAUGAGAAGCUACUGAAGAAAGGAAUGAUGCCAAUACCUAAAGAAAUGGCAUUUACUGUACCAAAGGGCGGUGAUUGGACGGAAUUAUAUGACCUUGUGGCAUUCCCAGAUUCUCAACAAGCACACGAGAUGAUCAGCAGAAAGACUGGUUUUGAAGAGCUAAGAGACACGGCAUUGAAACAACCAGAAAACACGAGAAUCAGCGAGCUGUUGUUGCACAAACGAGAUCUCAAGCUAUUAGACAAGCCAAGAGCAGAGCAAACACAAGAAAAGAUGACUUCUCGUUCUCUCAAGAAGAUAGAAAGACAAGUGGUUUCCAACAGUAGGGAUCCCGACGAUAUGUCAUCUCGUAAUCUUGUUGGCAUGGUGCAGGAGAAUGCUACUGGUGAUUUUGUGAUUAGUGAUGAGAGAGAAGUUCAUGUUUACAGUGAAAACCCAAACAAGGUUGCUGUUCACUAUGAGGAUAGUAACGACACUGAGGUGAGUAUGUGUAAAAGCACACACCUAAAUAAAAAUGUCAAUAUUCCUCCUCAAACCACAUACUGCAUGGCUUCUCAACUGGUCGUGACCGCACUUGUUGUAAAAUGUCUAGUGAGAUACUGUGGAUGUGAUGUGUUACAGGACAGUUGUAUAAGUGAGGGCGAGUCUGUUGACGUACGAAUGGCUGAACUUACAAGGAAGAAACGAUCAUUCAAAACUCUUCAGCCAGAUCCCAUCAUGCACUUAUCACACGUUGUCGGAUUUGGCGGUGCUUCUUACAGUCACGCAUUGUGGACGAAAGAUGGACAGUCACUUGUAUACCCAUGUCACAAUCUUAUCGUCAGCAUGAAUGUCUCUUCAAAGAAACAGAGAUUUCUGAUUGGACACACAGACAAGGUGUGUGCAAUUGCAUUCAAUGGUUCUACGUCUCUGUUAGCAUCGUCUCAAUGCAGCAUACCUCCGGUCAUUCGUUUAUGGCAGUAUUCAACCGGUCAGUGUCUCAGGAUGGUUAAAACUCCUGUCUCUGCUAUUCAUUCUGUCAGUUUGUCACACAGUGGGAAAGUUUUAGCAGCAGGAGGGAGGGACAAACAUGGCAAACAGACUGUCUUGGUAUGGAGCAUCUCAUCAGUGAAGGAGCAAAAACAAUCAUCUGAGAACAGGAGGAAGACUGAUAUCCCUGUAGUAAACCUCAUUGCUAAGGCUCACACAGACAUCAAUAUGGAUCGACUGAGAAUAUCAGGAUUUGAUGAUACAAGAAUGGUUAGUUGUGGUCAUAACAAUGUCCGUUUGUGGCGAGUGAAACAACAAAGUCUUCGUUCAUGUCCUGUCAACAUGGGAGAGUACCAUCACGUUUACUUUACAGACGUUGUGUUUGAUGAAAUGAUGAGACCAGACAGUGGAGACGAGAGAAGAGUUUUAGCCAGCACAGCAUGUGGGAAACUCUUUGUUAUCAACUACACACAGAUCCAAGUGAUGCAAGUCAUUCAACUGGAAGAUGGGAAAAUCAACUGUCUUGCAGUCAGUGAACUGUUUUGUGCUACUGGAUCAAGAUCAACUCUCAAGCUGUGGAAGAUUGACUUUUCGUCUGUAUUUCUCGAAACUGAACAAGAUGGUAAUGUAACUGCUGUUGGUGUUUCCCAAGAUGGACUGAAAGUGCUCCUGGCAUCAGAUCAGGGUUGUAUAGGUGUGCUGGAUGCGUCAGCUCGUUCAUACUCCACUCUAAUGCGAUCUCAUAUCAACUCUGUUUUGUCAGUCUCUUUGCAUCCUCGUAAACAGCACGUGGCCACUGUGUCAGCAGACAACACUAUACGAGUAUGGGAUGCUACGCAACACUUCAAGCAGCUGUUUGAGUUUUCUGCUCCGCGUGAUACUCCAUCUUGUGUGGCGUAUCAUCCUGUCCGGAACUGCUUGGCUUGUGGGUUUAGUAGUGGAGCAAUUCGUAUAUUCCACGUCUCAUCUGCAAGGCUGUUGGCAGAACACAGACAUAUCAAGGAUUACAUCACUGGACUGGCUUUCACUAGCAAUGGUUCUUACCUCUUGAGCUGUGGAGCCGAUGCUGUUCUUGCUCUUUACGACUCGUCACAGCAGAGUUUUCCUCUUAUUCGAGCACUUGCUAACACAGUUGCUCGAAUGAAAGAGUUGGCACCUUGUGCAAUAGCACUGAACAGACAUGGUACAAAGGCAGCAUUUGUAGGUCCCUCGGAGUUUGCGGUCACUGUUAUUGAUGCACACACACUUGAUGAAGUUCUUCGUCUUGAUAUCAGCAGUGCUCUCUGUGGACUAGAGAGUGAGCAAGUCUCACUAGACAUUGCAACAAGAGUCUGUUUCUCUCCUGACUUGAUUGGUCAGUUGCUAGUUGCUACCAGAAGUUCCAGACUUCUCAGAUUCGAUGCAGACACUGGCAGAAUCAUCAGUGAGGUUUGCAAUGUUCAUCGCACAAGAGUAAGUGGAGUAGCAGUCAGUCAUGAUGGUUGCUUGUUAGUGACAAGUGGUGAUAAGUUGAUCAAAGUAUGGGAUUAUCAGAUGAAGCUUGAUAUCAACUUCCAAGUCUUUAUUGGUCAUUCUGUUGAUAUCAAUCAACUUCAUUUUUCUGUAAACUCACAGCAACUGAUUAGUAUUGGUGAUGCAGUGUUUGUAUGGGACAUCUUGUUCACUACACAUUCACAAAUGAAAUCACCUGUUCGCUCACCUGCUAUUGAAGCUUGUUCAUCAUUAAAGGAUGAUGUUGUUUCUCCUCGUCGCAUUGUACCUCAACCUACAGCUGCUCCACAAGCUACACAACAUAUUUCCAGUCCCCUGGAUGUAACAUGUGCAGGAGAUGAGGCUGAAAGCAUUUUUGACAAUAGACAUGUAGAAGACAUAGAGAAGAAUAUACAAGAACAGGCAAAUGAACAGUUGAGCGAUGAAUCUAAAACAAGUAAUCCUGAGAUUCAGCAUACAAAGCCACAAUCAAUACGACAGGACACGAUACAUGAUGUGGAAGACAAACAAUAUAAGAAACCAUCUGCAUUCAAACAUUACACCAUGAGAGAGACGACAUCUACUUUGUCACUGCGUCAUUAUAAAGCUUCUCCAGAGCAGUCUGGGCUGUCUCUGCAUGCUGUGUUAGGAUACAAUGGACGUGGGAGAGAUAAUGUUGUGUGGCAUCCUCCAACUGGACUCUUUGUAUUUACAAGUGGAUGUUUAAUUGUGAUGGAAGACUUGAGCUCAGGAAAACAGAAGCAUCUUAUUGGUCAUCAAGAGGAGAUAUCAACGCUGUCUUUGCAACACAAUGGACAAAUGCUGGCAUCUGCUUCAGGAGCCAGGAGACUUACACCAAGUCAAAUUUGUAUUUGGGAUGUCAACUCACUAGCCUGUAAAAAGGUGUUGUCAUAUCACGAGGCACAAAUUGUGGGUCUUUCCUACUCUCGGGAUGAUCGCUUUCUCAUCUCAGUCGGUGAUUAUUCUGCUUGCUCUCUUGCUGUUUGGGACACUCAUGAUUACAACAUCGUUGCUACAGCGAAACCUCCAUGUGCCAUUCAUUCUAUUGCAUGGGAUCCCUUUACUGGGAAUGAGUUCAUGUCAGUCGGAGCUGGUGCAUCUGUCUUGUUCUGGAUGAUUGACGAAUCAAACGAAACAAUUGAUCUCAAUUUAUGUGAAGGUGAUGCUCCACGUGAAAUCCAACGAAAUGCAGUGAAGGAAUCUGUUGAGUUUACAGCCAUCUCAUAUGCUGGAAAUGGAGUAGUAUACAUAGCUUGCACGACUGGUGUUGUAUCAGUUUGGUCGACCGAAGACGGUCAAUGUGUUAUGCAUUGGCCAGCUGAUGACACGGAGAUCGGCACAUUGAACUCUGAUGCUCAUCGUGUCAUAUCAGGGAGUUGUGCUGGUCACCUUAAACUUUGGGCACUUGCUUCAGUAGACAUAUUGCAUCUGAGGGACACUGACAGAAGACAUAGCAUUCCUCUUGAAAGUGACAUUCAGCUGGAUGGAGCAAUCACAUCCGCAACAUUCGACGAAGACCUAGCAGUUGGAGUGGUGAGCAGUGUGCAUGGUACAAUUUGGUUUGUCAAUUGGUCAUCAAAGAGCACAGUUCGUCUGAUUAGUGGGCACAGUCAGCAGCAGGUCAAUGCAAUUUCAUUCUCCGGAUUGCAACCUGACGUAUUUGCUACUUGCUGUAAUGAUGGAGGACUUCGUUUGUGGUCUGUGUCACAGAAGGAACAGAGGGUGCAGUUUCUUACACCUCACAAAUCUUGUCGAUGUGUUGCAUUUCCGUUUUCAUCUCUUCAUCGAAAGAAUGCCUCUGAAGAUUUAAGCAAUCAACAGUCACCUUUUUGUGCAACAGGCUACAGUGAUGGUUCCAUUCGAAUAUUCGACAUCAGUUUAAUGAAGACGAAGUUUAAACUGCAGCCUCACGCACAGCCUGUCACAGCUAUGGCUUUCUCACUUGAUGGAAAGUCUCAUGAACAUUUGUGUUGUGUUCUAAUUUCUGGUUGUGAAGAUGGUUUGGUGCUCAUCACUAGUCCAUCUACAGGAGUUACAAUUCGAGUGAUCAACGAUCAUAAACAUGUACCAAUAACGUGCAUCAAUGUGGCCAACACAGAGCAGCAUUGCUUAUGGUUGGCUGCCAGUGCUGAUCAGCGUGUGAGUGUUUGGUCUGCGGAUUGGUCUCGUGAGGACAGUUUGUCUCUCAUUGAUUGGUUGACAUUUCCUUCACCUCCAUUCACUCCGAAGGGAUCCAACAGACAACAGCACAAGGAAAAGGAUUUCUACAAAAGUUUACCUCCCACUUUAGCUCAUUUCUCACCCACUGACUGUGACCUUAUUGUAUAUACAGGAUACGGACUACACAAACAGAUUCUCUUUUACAGUCUGUCACAGCAACAGGUUUUGCGGACUGUGUCUCUAACUCAUUGGGUGACUUGUAUGGACAUUUCACCUCAAUCUCAUCUUCUGGCUGUCGGCUGUCAAGAGCGACUUGUCAAGCUGAUUGACUUUACUGCUGGAAGUUUUCAAGAUUUCACUGGUCAUUGUGACUCGCUGACUGCACUGAAGUUCUCCCCAGAAGGGAAAAGUCUCAUCUCUGUAGGCUACAAUGACAUCAUUGUUUGGAAUGUAAAUUUCAGUACUAAUUAGGCAUUAUCCAGUCAGUUUCGUUUAUUAACUUAUUGCGCUUCAUACUCUAAGUUUAAGUAUAGAAAUAUGAAAUAUAAUCAAAUAA